GGCUGCGCGGCGGGCGCCGAGCAGAGCGCAAAGCAGAGGCGCCGCCGCUGUCCCAGAGCAAGCCAUGCCGCGCUUGUCGCUGCUCUUGCCGCUGUUGUUUCUGCUGCUGCCGCCGCUGACCUCGAGCCUCGGGCUCCGCGACGCUGGCGGCCGGCGUCCCGAGUGUGGUCCGUGCCGGCCCGAGCGCUGCCCGGCGCCCGCGCGCUGCCCGGCGCCCGGGAUCUCGGCGCGCGACGAGUGCGGCUGCUGCGUGCGCUGCCUGGGAGCGGAGGGCGCGAGCUGCGGAGGCCGCGCCGGCGCGCGCUGUGGCCCCGGCCUGGUGUGCGCGAGCCGGGCCGAGGGGGCGGCGCCCGAGGGCACCGGGCUGUGCGUGUGCGCGCAGCGCGGCGCCGUCUGCGGCUCCGACGGCCGCUCGUACCCCAGCGUCUGCGCGCUGCGCUUGCGCGCCCGGCACGCUCCCCGCACGCACUUCGGUCACCUGCACAAGGCGCGCGAUGGCCCUUGCGAGUUCGCUCCUGUGGUCAUUGUUCCUCCCCGGAGUGUUCACAACGUCACCGGGGCGCAGGUGGGCCUGUCCUGUGAAGUGAGGGCUGUGCCUACUCCAGUCAUCACAUGGAGAAAGGUCACGCAGUCCCCUGAGGGCACCCAAGCACUGGAGGAGCUGCCUGGGGACCAUGUCAAUGUAGCAGUCCAGGUGCGAGGAGGCCCUUCCGACCAUGAGGCCACAGCCUGGAUUUUGAUCAACCCCCUGAGAAAGGAGGAUGAGGGAGUGUACCAGUGCCACGCAGCCAACGUGGUGGGAGAGGCUGAGUCCCACAGCACGGUGAUGGUUCUAGAUCUGAGUAAAUAUAGGAGCUUCCGCUUCCCAGCUCCCGAUGACCGCAUGUGAUGGAGAAAUGGUCUUAGAAACAUUGCUUAUGGGAUGAUGGAAAGAUCAAAUAAUGGAUCUUUGUGCUUUGUGAAGAGUUGCAAAACCUGUGUUUGUGGAUGACCCCUUUUGUAUGUUUUUAAAAAUUAGAUGCAAAUUAGAUUUGUAUGAAGAUGUAGUUUUUAGAAGGGCAAACAGUGAGAAACAGAUUUGCAUGUGGCUUUUUUAUAUUUUUGAAAUGAAUUGCUCCAUGAGAAGUCUUUUUUUAAUUAAUCUCUUCCAGGGAGAUCUCAGAAUGGCAUGUUUGCAAUUUCUAAAGGGCUUAUUUCAGCUGUGACUCUUUACCUCAUUUGUCAACGACCUAUUAGUGGUGCUCUGUGACUUAGUAUGUGUUGUAGAAGGAGGGACGAGGGUCCCAGCUGUUUUCUGCCUGACUGUAACUUGCUGUGUGACCUGGACAGGUCCCUUCCCCUCUCUGGGCCCUGGUUUCUUCAUCUGUGAGUAUGGCGUUUUAACUGGUUAUUACCGGUGUCCCUUUUAGCCCUGCUAUCCUAGAGUAAGAUGGUCCUUUGGGAAAAAUACAGGAAGUUUGGUCUGAUAUUUCCUCAGAAACAAAUUCCAUUGCUUUAUAACAGGGUGUGGACAGCUGGCUAUAGCUCUCCUAUUCCUACCCUUUUCUCUUUUAAAGAGAUUUAGUUAUAGAUGGGAUGCUUUACCGGACUCUGGAGCACCUUGGCUGGGUCUUUGGAGACCAGAGCAUCCAUUUGUUAGCCUAGCAUUCUCUUUUUUAAAAUUUUCUUUUGAGACAGAAUCUCACUGUAUCACCCAGGCUGGAGUGCAGUGGUGUCAUCAUGGCUUACUCCAUCUGCGGGGCUCAGGUGAUCCUCCUACCUCAGCCUCCUGAGUAGCUGGGACUACAGGCAUACCUCACUAUACCCAGCUUUUUUAUUUUGGAGAGACAGGGUCUCCCUGUGUUGCCCAGGCUGGUCUCAAACUCCUGUACUCAAAUGAUCCUCCUGUCUUGGCCUCCCAAAGUGCUGGGAUUACAGGCAUCUGCCACUGUGCCUGGCCUAGCCUAGCAUUCUUUAAACAAGUGGUUAGAAGCAGUGGAGACCAGGCUUCUGAAGAUCAAAUUGUAAAAAGGGGGUCAGGUGUUAUUUCCAGACUGUAGAACUAGAUUGCAGUAGAAUAUAUUUUACUUACAGACAUUUUGACCUCACCCAAGAAUAAGGCUCUCCUUUUUCUUUUUUAAUGAAAAAAGAAAGACUAUUUGCUAUCUUGUCUUUAAAAAAAUAAUUAGGUGAUUACAAUUUUUAAAAUAAGAAUUGAGAUCUCUUACUACGCACAGUUCUUUAAGUUCAUAAAGCAUGAUCCCAACUCUGAGAGGGGGCAAGACAGGUGUUAAUGUCCCUGCCUUUUGCAGAUGAAGAAACCAGGCUCUGAUAGGAAAAGCUGCCUGCCAAGGUCUGAAGGCCUCUGAAAGAGGAGCAGAGCUCAGGGCACCUGGCCCUCCUUGGUCCCCUUUCUACUCCAUGGUGCUGCUUCUCAGGGUCAUCUCAAAACUAUGUAAAGGCAGAUGCUGCCAAUUGCACACACUUCAGGGACUCUUAUCAAGGCUCAUCCCAACUUCUAGGGCACACUCUCAUGCUACUCACAUUGUGCACUACAUUUUAGAGUCCUUGUUGGAAGUGAACUUUCUGCCCGUAAGCCUGCCAUUCCAGCCAUUUCAUGUCUAAAAUACUGGGUUGGCAUCACCCUCUGUACUACGUGACAGAGGAGACUCGCCUGGGAUUCUGGAAACAUGAGAGCCAUUUGCAUAUUAAUCCCUGGCUUACUGUGUGACCCCAGCAAGUCUCCUUCACUUUCUGAGCCUCGGUGUCCUCAUUUGAAUAAAAAGGGAAUGAAACUAGAUGAGUGGUUUACAAACUUUAAAACAUCGGAACCUCUCUUUGAAAACAAGAGCUCAGAAUUGAUAUGGAUGGCACUGGAUGCUGCUCUUGUCUGCUGGGGUUUGGGGCUGCCAGAGGGACCUGCUCACAUCCCCUCCUCACUCAGCACCUCCCGCCCCUCCCUUCUCCAUGCACUGUGACUUAUUUCCAUAUCUGAGUGCCUGCAGUUAAUUCUCCCACGUCCUGAAUGGUUGCGACAUGAUUUGGUCAGACCCUUAGUGAAAUGACAUCAGAAGGAAUAGGGAUGCUAUGGCUCUGAAGAAGGUAGUAGAACAUCCCAUACCUGCUAAUAAGCACAUUUUGCAAACUCAGUUGACUCACCUCAGAUUUGCCUAGUGAAAAUUGAAGGGCUGGAUCUCGACGCAGAGAGCAGGGUGGACAGAGCCCAUGGUGGAAGUACUGAGCAUCAAGACUAUAUGGGGCUGCCUUUAGCAUCCUAAUUCUGUGCAAAGACAAAUAAAUAAUUAAUGUCAUGCUGUCUGAAAUUUUCACCAAAAUCAAAAAGGUGCAUUAACAUGAGUGUUCCAACCUAAUGGUUUUCCAAAUGUGAGUGCCCAGAGACUUCUUCAGAGGCUCAGAGAGCAUGUGUGCAGCAGCUGUUAUCAUAUAAUCACAACCCUCCUCCCCUCCCGACACCAAACGUGUGUUUUUCUACUGUUUUUGUAGAUGACAUGAUGUUAGGACCUCUGCACGCUGCAAAUAAAUGUGUCUAAGGACA